UCGGUACUCGCAAGAAUAUUUUCCUACACCGAAGUUGGUCGCCGAGUCGGUCCGACCCACCGGAAGCCAAUCCUCUUUCCUCUCCUCUUCUCUUCCUGCCGAACCCCGAACUCCGAUCACCGGCGGCGGCGGCGGCGGCGGCGAUGGUGUGCACCAAGUGCGAGAAGAAGCUGGGGAAGGUGAUCGUGCCGGACAAGUGGAAGGAGGGCGCCAGCAACACCCUCGAGGGCGGCGGCCGCAAGAUCAACGAGAACAAGCUCCUAUCCAAGAAGAACAGGUGGACUCCAUAUGGAAACACCAAAUGCGUAAUCUGCAAGCAGCAGGUGCACCAGGACGGCAAAUACUGCCACACUUGUGCCUAUUCAAAAGGUGUGUGUGCAAUGUGCGGAAAGCAAGUUCUGGACACGAAGCUGUACAAGCAAAGCAACGUAUGAUGUUAUGACAUUGCCAGCUUAUAAGCUGUCAAGGAUAAUCCUGUAGCUGUCUGUCUAUGUUUAACUUGUAACUUUGUAAGGGCAUGUACUCACGACAUGACUGUGGAAAGAUACUUCUAUGCGUUAAGAAGAAAAACCAUUCACUUGGCUAAAUUCUGUAA